UAAACUGGUUGAAGUUUUUGAAGUUAUGACCGCUGACUUGCUCGAGUGUAAAUUUUAUGUGGCAUUAAAAGGGAGUUAAAUUUUUAGAAGUUAUAAAUCGAAAAAUGUAAAGUAAAAAAGUGUAAUCACUUCAUUUACAUAAGAUCAGAAGUAUGAAAUAAAAUGUCCACUAUUCUUAGCAAAUCUCAUUCACCAAACAAAGUAUACAUUUGGCAGACAUGCUUCAACUGGCUUAAAGUAUUUCAACGCAUGUGAACACAUUUACUUAUUAAAUUAGUAUGCGCAUACACUGACUGCUUAAUUAGGCACAGUGACUAUGUACAUUUACUGUAACAUAUGUACAAACUGUUUCAGGAGAGAACGAACAACUUGUUCUGCAUAUUUAAAAGGUCAUUCUGAAUCGAAAUGAUUACUUGCAUCUUACAGUCAAAUAUUACAAUUCAAUGUUUAACCUGUAUGCUUAAAACCUUGCGUUCGGAUAUUUUUAUAAUUUACUGUAAAGUGGGCGCUUUUCUCGAGGAAAAAGAAUGCGGGAAGUUAAACGAGCGUGUGCUCGAUACGGGAACGGUCCGUUUGACAGCGUUCAACAUCCAGAAGUGGGAAACAGGAAAAGUGAAAGGAUUUCAUAGACUUCCCGUAGAGGCAAUACAGCACGUGGUGCUGCCUUUCAUACGCGCUAGCAUAAAAUUCACUAUUUUCUUGACCGACUUUAAUCUAGCCGAAAGUAAACUGCUUUUUAAGUCGACUUCAUUAUACAAUUCACGUCCCCUUCUGAUUCCGAUAAAACAUCUACGACUGGAAAACGCUGAGGGUGUUUUCACCCUCUCGGAAGAGUGUUCUCCUUACGAGUUGCGGAUGUAAUAAGAAUGAAGACACGGAAAAGUGUCUUACCUCGUUGACCAGUCGAACAGCGUAAAUGGUGAAACGAUACAAACAAG